AUGACAAGGUCGAACAUUGUUUUUAUUGUAAAUCGAGCCUAUCAAUUUAUGCAUCAACCUACUUCUUCUCAUUGGCUUGCUAUGAAAUGCAUCAUGCAUUAUCUUCACGGAACUCAAACUCAUGGACUCACUCUUACUGCUACUCCUUCCCUUCAUCUUUCGGCCUUUACUGAUACCGAUUGGGCUUCGAGUCUUGAUGACCGCCACAGUACUGGCAACUUCUGUGUGUUUCUGGGCGACAGUCUAGUUUCUUGGUCAUCAGUCAAGCAACGUGUGGUUUCACGGAGUAGCACUGAAUCUGAAUACCAUGCACUAGCUAAUCUUGCAGCUGAACUUGAUUGGUUCAAAUAA